GAAAACAAGUUGAACAAUUUUACUAACAAAACAUUACCUAAGUUUAUUUACAUGUUAAAAACCUUUACUAAUUAAAUAAACGUUAUCAUAAAUAGAGAUGUUUUUCGGAUCUUUAGCCUAUGGAUUUUUUUUAAUUAAACUCGUAUCGUCAAACAUUUUAAGUCAAAAUAACGUAGUCAAUCUUUCGGAAGGAAAAUCAAAAUUCUGUAUAUGCAAUGUUGGCAAUACCACCGUAACACAGAAAAAACAAAUCAAUUUUACAAACAAGGAUGUUAGCGUUAUUAUUGGAGUAAUUUUAUCUAUUUAUCUUGUAGGAUUUGUAUUCAUAAUAUCAAUGAACUCCGAUGACGUUACUACUGUUUGCGAGGAAAGAAAAAUGAAAAAAAAUUCUUUUAUAUCUUCAUCUAAAAACAUUUUAUUUGUUGAGACUUUAGAGACCAAGAAAGAAAAAAAAUAAUUUUCUGUCAUAAAUUGAAAUAAAUUGCGUGCAAUUAACCUAUUAAAGUUUUUU